UGUGAACUUAUCAAAGAGGAGGAUCGGCACAGCAUCUGGUCAUGUGGAUUUCCCUCCUCUCGGCCUCGCGGUUCAGAGAUGCUUGCCCGCCUGCCAGCGUGUUUGGUAGCAUGUGGGCUCCAGCUUUUCUUGAGCAGUGCCUUACCACGAGGCCGCACAGCCAGCUCACCCUGUGUGUCUUAUUUAUCGACUCUGCUGCCUUAUCCUUCAGCUGAAGAUUCUGUCAUAUGAUGAUGAAUUCAUACAUGAUUAAGAAACAGACUCUGCAUCAAUUUGUGCGAAGACCACUUUUCCCACUACCUGCAGCCUUAUGUAACACAGUGAGAUACAUGUUUAUUCAAACACAAGAUACUCCAAAUCCCAACAGUUUAAAGUUUAUACCAGGAAAGCCUGUUCUUGAGACGAGGACCAUGGAUUUUCCCACAGCAGCUGCAGCAUUCCGCUCCCCUCUGGCUAGACAGUUAUUUAGGAUCGAAGGUGUAAAAAGCGUCUUUUUUGGACCGGAUUUCAUCACUGUCACAAAAGAAAAUGAAGAAUUAGAUUGGAAUUUACUGAAACCAGAUAUUUAUGCAACAAUUAUGGACUUCUUUGCAUCUGGAUUACCCCUAGUUACUGAGGAAACUUCUUCAGGAGAAGCAGGAUCUGAAGAAGAUGAUGAAGUUGUGGCAAUGAUUAAGGAAUUGUUAGACACUAGAAUACGGCCGACUGUGCAGGAAGAUGGCGGAGACGUAAUCUAUAAAGGCUUUGAAGAUGGCAUUGUACAGUUGAAACUCCAAGGUUCUUGUACUAGCUGUCCUAGUUCAAUCAUUACUCUGAAAAAUGGAAUUCAAAACAUGCUACAGUUUUAUAUUCCAGAAGUAGAAGGCGUAGAACAGGUUAUGGAUGAUGACUCAGAUGAAAAAGAAGCAAAUUCACCCUAAAAUAACUUGGAUUUCAUUUGAGCACAACAAUCGGACUUACUGUUAAUAUAUGGCAAGCUUUUAUUAUUACUAUGCUAAGGAACUUGAGGAUUAAUAAAAUAUGCCCUUUCAUCAGA